CGAGAAUAUGUCUUUCGCCUCGGAAACUCAUCAAAUCCUUCCCGGCCAUCUUCGCUGCUUCCGUUUUGCAUCGUCGUUCUUGACACCGAUUAGGCUAAUUCCAUGCCUUCGCCUGAGAGGCGUAACACUCUAUCAUACGGCCGGCAGCAUGAAACGCUUUCAUCGAAAGACAAGAACUGGUUGUAUUCAAUGUAAAAGGCGACGCGUCAAGGUAUGAUUUCCCGUGCUGCUUGUAUUCUACGAUGUGGGUCAUGUGGCCCCCCUAAUACACGCCAGUGUGACGAAACGAAGCCGGCGUGCAAGAACUGCUCUCGGAAUCAUCUACAGUGCGGCCUUGCAUUUCUCACCCCAAUAAAACCGGAAGAUCGGCUCUUAGAACCCCGAGCGAUAUCCAUCAGCUUCCAGUGCCAGCCUGGAACUUCUCCAUUAAGCCUGGGCGUGGACAUAGCAAGCCCGCCAUUGGACCUCGAGAGCAUGGAACUGCUGCAUCACUACACUUCGGUUGCAUUUCUGACCAUCGGUCCAUGCCGGAACAUGCAUAUAUGGCAAAUAGAAAUUCCCCGGCUGGCACUUUCCCACGAUUUCCUCAUGCGUGGCCUGCUAGCCCUAUCAGCGGUGCAUCUAGCGACCUUACAGCCGCAUCGCAGCUUGCAACUCCGACGACGCGCUGCCACAGCUGAGCUCACGGCGCUCCCUUCCUUUAGAGAACAUACAUCGACCACCAAGUCCGAAAACAUACAUGCCGUGUUUGCAUUCGCCGGUUUCCUUCCCCCAUACCUCCUUGCUCAAUCCGGAUGGCUGGACGCACCAAGAGGCAGAAUACCGAGCCUCGAUGAUGACCGGCCGCAUUGGUUCCUUUUCAUUAGAGGAUUGACAGGCCUGCUCGCUCGAAGCUUGCCUGAAAUAGCCAAAGGCCCCUUUGGCCCCACGCUAACGCGCACGGUUGCACCUGUCGACUGCAGCAGAAAUCCUGAGGAUUCCCAUCUCGCCGAAGUCUAUCCUCUGUUACAACCCACAGCAUCAUCCACGCCUACUGACAAGGAAGCGCUUUCAGUGUGCCGUGGAGCCAUUGAUGAGUUACGCAGAGUGGCUGCAUUGCCAUAUUCGCCUUGCAGGACGCUAGAAGCCAGGGCAAUGGCAUACAUCUGGCCCGGCAGCGUAUCGCACGAUUUCGUGAAUCUGCUGCAUAGCCGUAGACCGGAAGCCCUGGUGAUCUUGGCGCACUAUUGCGUGCUCUUGAAGCAGUUAAACUGGUGCUGGUAUUUGAGGGGUGUCGGUGAUGCUAUGUUGGGCGCUAUCGAUCACGAAUUGGGAGAUCGAUGGAGGCAUUGGAUUACUUGGGCCUUGGACUAUCCAACCACAGGAAACAUGAGCGGGUACACAGCCAUCGCGAGCGCCGCCGAUUAUGAGCCGGAGCACUGAAAAAGUUAACACCUCGUUCCAUGCGAGCUGUGAUUGGCCAGCCCUUUUCACCCGGCUUUUAUCACGUGGGCACAGAUGGGAAUCGACGUUUACAUUGAUUCUCGGAGCUAAGCACGACUGGAUUCAGCGCCAUCGUUCCAAUUACUGUCCUACUGGAUACGAAGUCAGAACCG